UGCUGCGGCUGGAUGAGACCUCGGGCUGGCUCAGCGUCCUGCACCGCAUCGACCGUGAGGAGGUCAACCAGCUCCGCUUUACCGUCAUGGCCCGCGACCGCGGCCAGCCGCCCAAGACCGACAAGGCCACGGUGGUGCUGAACAUCCGGGACGAGAACGACAACGUGCCCACCAUUGACAUCCGCAAGAUUGGGCGCAUACCGCUGCGGGACGGCGUGGCCAGCGUGGCCGAGGAUGUGCUGGUGGACACACCGGUGGCACUGGUGCAGGUGUCCGACCGCGACCAGGGCGAAAACGGUGUGGUGACCUGCACCGUGGUGGGGGAUGUGCCCUUCCAGCUCAAGCCGGCCAGCGAGGGUGAGGGCGAGCCACAGAACAAGCGCAAGUACUUCCUUCACACCUCUGCGCCGCUCGACUAUGAGGCCGUCCGUGACUACCAUGUGGUAAUCGUGGCCGUGGACUCGGGCAGCCCCAGCCUGUCAAGCAACAACUCGCUGCUCGUGCGCGUUGGCGACACCAAUGACAACCCGCCUGUGUUCGGUCAGGCUGUGCUGGAGGUCUCCUUCCCCGAGAACAAUGUGCCAGGUGAGCGGGUGGCCACAGUGGUGGCCACGGAUGCGGACAGCGGCAAGAACGCUGAGAUUGCCUACUCUCUGGAGCCAUCGCCGCUGUCAGCUGAGGCACUUGGCGGCCUCUUCAGCAUCGACCCCGACUCUGGGGAUGUACUGGUGCAGGCCGUGCUGGACCGUGAGCAGCGUGACACCUAUGAGUUCCAGGUGACGGCCCGCGACAAGGGUGUGCCAGCGCUGCAGGGCUCCACCACUGUGGUGGUGCGCGUGGCAGACCGCAAUGACAAUGAGCCGCGCUUCAUGCAAGAUGUCUUCACCUUCUAUGUGAAGGAGAACCUGCAGCCCAACAGCCCUGUGGGCAUGGUGACUGUCAUGGAUGCUGACAAGGGCCGCAACGCUGAGCUCAGCCUGUCCAUCCAGGCUGGUGAGCAGGACGGUGCAGCCGGCAUCUUCUCCAUUGAGAAUGACACGGGUACCAUCUACUCUACCGUGUCCUUUGACCGGGAGCAGCAAACCAGCUACACCUUCAGGGUGAAGGCGGUGGAUGGCGGAGAACCACCCCGCUCAGCCACUGCCACUGUGUCCCUCUUUGUCAUGGACGAGAAUGACAAUGCACCCACUGUCACCUUCCCCAGCAACAGCUCCUACACCGUGCUGCCACCCUCCAGCAACCUGCGCACUGUGGUGGCCACUGUGGUGGCCACUGACACUGAUGCUGGCCUCAACGCUGACCUCAACUACAGCAUUGUAGGUGGCAACCCCUUCAGGCUCUUCGAGAUCGACCCAGCCAGCGGUGUUGUGUCACUUGUGGGCAAGCUGGAGCCCAAGCACUAUGGCCUCCACCGUCUUGUGGUUCAGGUGAAUGACAGCGGUCAGCCACCCCAGGCCACCACCGCCUUGCUUCAUGUCUUUGUUAACGAGAGCCUCUCCAAUGCCACCGUAGUGGAGAGCCAGGUGGCCCGCAGCCUGCACACGCCCCUAGCCCAGGACAUUGCUGGCGACCCCAGCUAUGAGCUGAGUAAGCAACGCCUCAGCAUAGUCAUCGGUGUCGUGGCUGGCAUCAUGACUGUCAUCCUGCUCAUCCUGGUGGUGGUCAUGGCCCGCUACUGCCGCUCCAAGGGCAAGCAUGGCUACGAGGCUGGCAAGAAGGACCACGAGGACUUCUUCACCCCACAGCAGCACGACAAGGCCAAGAAGCCCAAGAAGGACAAGAAGGGAAAGAAGGGCAAGCAGCCUCUCUACAGCAGCAUUGUCACCGUUGAGGCCUCCAAGCCCAAUGGGCAGCGCUAUGACAGUGUCAACGAGAAGCUCUCUGACAGCCCCAGCAUGGGCCGCUACCGCUCGGUCAAUGGUGGGCCAGGCAGCCCUGACCUGGCCCGGCAUUACAAAUCCAGCUCACCGCUGCCUACCGUCCAGCUGCACCCGCAGUCCCCCACCGCCGGGAAAAAGCACCAGGCUGUGCAGGAACUGCCCCCGGCCAACACUUUUGUGGGGGCAGGAGACAACAUCUCCAUUGGAUCGGACCACUGCUCCGAGUACAGCUGUCAGGCCAGUGGCAAGUACAGCAAGCAGGUGGAUACAGUGCAGACUACGCAGUCCCCUGGCCACAUUGAGGAAUCGUGUAAAAUGAAUGUAUAUGCUCGUAAGUGAAAUAUUUAUAAAUGAAGCUCCAACUCCAAUGUGUGUUGGAUCAUAAAGCAUGUGAACCCUGCUUAUUGCCAUAUUAAGAAAUCGAUUCCCAGGAGGCAGGGCCACUGCGGAACUAGGAGGACAUUCAAAGCAAAGCUCUUUUUUCAGAACAAAACAAAAUAAAUAUAAGUCAAAAUUUUGGAUUAUUAAAACAAAGAAUUGUGCAAACAAGAGAUUCAGAUUACCUCUUGGAUGUAUUCAGGAUGUUUCUGAACUGAUUCAAGAUUUCAAAACUGAAAAUGAAGGGAUGUGAGAAAGGUUUUGUAAACUGAAGUCAUCAUCUAUGGAGGAACAAAUGCUUACUUAGGACCUAAGUAUGACCUGGAGAACAAGACAUUUUGCCUUCAAUCUGUCUUUGAAAGCAUUGAAAUGUUGCAACUGAAUUUGAUCAGAUUAUUCCUUCAAUUAGUAACUGGGCACUGGGUAGGGAUGAGUUGAAUUUUCUGUGGUUGACAUGAGCAUCUUAUUAUGGGGUGUUGAGGGAAAAGAAAUAUAAACUUGAGGAGAAGCUAGAUCAACAAAGAACAUGGAACCUAUACCUCAGAACUGAAUUCCUGGAAAACCAGAUACAGUCCCAUUUUAAAAAAAUCUUUGAACUACCUGAAGAGGGGAAGAAGCUUGAUAUCUUCUGGAUUUUACUGAGAAAUGGCUGCAAAAGGAAUUCAAAUUAUAUAUGCAGAAGAAACCAAAAUAUGCUAUAUGGUGCUGUCACAUACCCAGAAAUCAUUCUUUAACAUUUCUAUUUUUUUUUACUUUAAUUAAGAAACAUUGAGUAAUCCAUAUGGAUAAGACACUCUGAAGUAUUGAAAAGAAAUGACCUUCCUGUGAUUUGAGCAACUGCACAGAGAAAGGAUUUUCAUUUGUUUAAAUGAAAACUUCAUGAUAGGUGAUUCUUCUUAAAUUUCUAGUCCAUGUUAAGCUAAAUAUAUCAUAUAAAUACAAAGACUAUAUUUUGGUACCCAAGAGAUUAAAAAAUAUAUUUGGACACCACAAUGUUAUUACAUUAUUUUAUGACAUGGGUGAGGGUUAAUAAGGCUGAAUACUCUGUGCUUAAGUGUUAGAGUCACAUCGUUCAUCUUUAUCUUAAGUAACAGAAAACAGGAAAUAAUUAAGUAUUAAUAAAUGUUUCAAACUGCUUCUCUGCUGAAC